UUUCUUUGUUUUCGCGAGCGGUAAUACGAGCAAUACGAAAAAUUUGCUUAAAUAAUGGCAACCAAAAGAGAUAUUGCGCGAGGGUUUCAAAGAGGAAGCACAGGCGAUUUUGUUUUCAUUAUCUAUAAAUAAGACUGUGAAAUGCACUGAAUACAAUUUAUUCUUUCUAUAAAAAAUUAAUAGAGGUAUGUACAUACAUACAUACAUAAAAUGUGAAGUUACAUAAAAAAUAUGGGGUGUGUUCAGUAAUGCAUUAAGACUUGCAGUAUUUGCAGAGUUGGCAGCACUGCAGAUUUGAUGGUUGAUGCAGCUGAUAGAAUUGUUGACAAUUUGCAAAUAGGUUUGUUGCAUUUUUGAACACGUUCUUUACUAACAUGGAAGUGUUAAGUUUAAUAGGGGACGAUAUUUGUGAGCCAAGAGCUGAUAGUUUUUUAUUGAAUUCAGGAAAAAGAAAACUUUUAAAGUUUAAAAGAAGAAGAUUUCUUAUUAAAAGGCUAUCGCUAAAGCGAAAAAUACCUAAAAACGAGACAGUUUUUAAAACAAUAAAAGCCUUUCCCGAGGACAUAUUUUAUUCUCAUUUUCGGAUGAAUUGGUCCACUUUCAAUGCUUUGAAAGACGCUUUGUCUCCAACUUGGGUAACUGCAAGGUUUGGACGCUGUGGUCAUUCAUUAGAAAAAUGUCUAUACGUAACAUUAUGGAAGCUAUGCAAUAGCAGGGUCACCUUCCGCCAGCUUUCGCAUCGUUUCAACAUUGCGAGGGGAAGAGCGUACUCUCUGUUCAUCAAAACAAUCGAAGCCAUUUGUAAUUUGAAAAGCGAAAUUAAAUGGCCAUCUGUUGAAUAUCAGCAAACUCUCAUGGCGAAUUUUGAAAACAGCAGAGAAAAUCCGUUUCCUUUCGUAAUUGGAUGUUUAGAUGGAACGCAUUUCAACAUACCUACGCCUAGAGAAGAUGCGAUCAGUUACUAUGAUCGCAAAGGGAAACAUUCCGUUACCAUGCAGGCCAUAUGUGACAGCCAAUAUCGUUUUUUAGAUGUAUUUAUUGGAUACCCUGGAAGCUGCCAAUGUCUGGAAAAAUAGCCCCAUAUUUCAAGCAAUAACAUCUGACCAGUUACCGCUAGCACCAAGCGCUGUUAUAUUAGGUGACUCUGCUUAUCCUAUUUCGAAAUUUCUGAUGGUGCCUUACAGAGACAACGGACAUCUCACUACGGAAGAAAAGAAAUUCAAUAGCCGUUUGUCUUCAACGCGAGUAUUUAUCGAACAAGCAUUUGGGAUUUUAAAGCAAAAAUUCAAGAUUUUAAAUCAUAUUGACGUUUCGAGCUUUAAAGGCAUAUCCGAUGUGAUACUUGCUUGUGCUAUUUUACAUAACUUUAUUAUAAACAAAGGAAAUCCUUUAGAAUAUACUGACGAGCCGGCAAUACAUAUAAGCAUACAAGCUGACAGUGAAGUGGAGGCAGUUCAAGAUGUAUCUAUUCGGUCCACCGAACCGGAUGAUAUAAAUGGAGUUGAUAGAAGAAACUAUUUAAGAAUUUUUUUCCUCAUAAAUAACGCGUAACCGUUUAUUCAUGCAUAAACUUAUGUAUUUCCAUAUAAUUAGUUUACUUUUCUAAAUUUUCUUACUGAACACGGAAUAAAUCGUUU